GGAGUAAGAACCCCUCACAGGUAAACCUGUUUGGGGAAAAAUAAACAAAAAAUAAACAAAAAAGAAACAGAAAAGAAACAAAAAAGAAACAAAAAAUUCACAAACAAGAAACAAAAAAGAAACAAAAAAUAAACAAACAAUAAACAAAAACAACACAGCUCGAAAUGGAGGGAAGGACGGUCUUUGACCGGGUUUUCUGUUUUGUAUUCAUUUUGUUUUUUAUCUUUUUAAUGAUUUCCAGUCUUUGAUGGGUCUUGAUCAUCAUAACUCUAAGCAGUCAUUGUUCAACGUGGCGGCGUCUAACCCAAGCCUCACUUCGCAUCGCAUUGCGUGCGGUCUCAUUCGUGGGAUACCAAAGCACGAUGUCGUCAUCUACACAUCGAAGCAGGAAAUGCUGGAGCUCAUCUCCCGCAAGUACCCGCUUCUUGAUUUGGAUGACGGCGGCUGGGCCCACAAUGAGCGUGCGAAGGGACUCAAGAAAAGCGGGAAGAAGCUUGAUCGUACGAACCACAGCCGCAAAAUCGACAGGAAGAAGAAUAAACGCACUCAUAAGGGUGGCGGAGGCGGCCGCAAUGUCAAGAUGACGGCUGACAACUACGAACGCUUCGAGCAGGUCGUUCAAGACCUAAAGCUCCCUGUUGAUCGCAUCAACAAGCUUUGGGCAAAGCUGAUGCAGCUUGAAGUUGAGCGUCAGCAUGCUCUUGCUACCGGUGCCACCAUCCAAGAAGCAAAUGACCGCAUUGAAGCGGUUUUGGCUGCCUUGGAGAAGCGUGUCGACGAGGAGCGCUCUAAGGGCAAUCUGCGCUCGACAUUGGGCGCGCGUUUGCAACGUCGACGAUGGGCGGACAUCAUGGACG